CACACCAAUUCCAAUUUUUAUCCCAUCACAAGCCCAUCCAUGACCACUAACAGCCUCUUGCCGCAAAAGCCCUAAACAUUCCUCCCACAUAUAUCAUCACACUCUCUUAAAACCCUAACCCUAUUCUCCUCUUUCAUCUCUCAUUUUCGCCGCUCUGAUCAAAGAAGAAUCAGAAGAAGCACAAAUAAAAAAACGUGAAAAUGAGCCGAGGAUCAGCCGUAGGUGGUGCCAAGGGCAAAAAGAAGGGUGCUUCCUUCACCAUUGAUUGCGCGAAGCCUGUCGAAGACAAAAUCAUGGAUAUUGCAUCACUCGAAAAGUUUCUUCAGGAGAGAAUUAAGGUCGGCGGUAAAGCUGGUGCCCUCGGUGAUUCUGUCACUGUUACUCGUGAAAAGAACAAGAUCACUGUUAACUCUGACAGCAAUUUCUCCAAGAGGUACUUGAAAUACUUGACAAAGAAGUACUUGAAGAAGCACAAUGUUCGUGACUGGCUUCGUGUUAUUGCUUCCAACAAGGAUCGUAAUGUGUACGAGUUGAGGUACUUCAACAUUGCUGAGAAUGAGGCUGAGGAGGAAGAUUAGAUCUUUAUUUUGGGGAUUUAAGCCAUGUCGCAUUUUGUUUAGUGAUAUGUUAUCUUUUUGGUUCGAUUUAGAUUGUAACUGUUUGCCAUCUUAUCGCUUGAGAGAUUUUGCCAAGAAGCAUUUUGGUUAUUGUUUAGUGUCUGCUUUACCUCGCCUUCAAUAUUAAGUUUCUGAAAUGCAAAUUAUACAUUGAAACAUCUUCUAAUCAUAUUUGUUUAUCCGGACCUUGGGUUCUCCUGCU